AUGGAAAUUUCCCCAGUUGAAUUUUAUGAUAAAGUUCGUCCUUAUAAAGAUGUUAUUCCCAGUCAAAUUUAUGAGGAGAUCAUUGAAUUCCAUUAUAAAAAGAUCUUACCAAAGAAAAUAACUUCGCGACCUCGUCUGGGUAAAUUGGGAUCAACGAUAAUCAAACCAAAACUUGUAAACGUCAUAUCAAAUUGGAUUGACAAAAAUGAUUCUGCCGUACUUUCAUCCAAUAAUAAAUACAAGUUUAAUUUAAUUUACCUGAAAAGUCGAGAUGGUUUUGAUUACACGACAUUCAAUAAUAAAUUAAAAGGACAAGGUCCAUUUGUAAUAUUGAUAAAAGUUCGAUCAAAUAAGAUCUAUGGUGGUUAUAAUCCAAUCGGUUACGACGGAAGGUGUCAAUGGGUCACGUCAUCAGCGAGUUUUAUCUUUUCUUUUGAGAAUGAUCAAGAUAUACAGAACAUGGAAAUUGGAAGGGUCAUUUUUGCGAAGAAAGCUGUAUAUGAGCAUUGCAAUGCAUUUUUUAAUUUUGGAAGUCAUUUGUUUGUUAAAGAACAAGACCUUUUCCUUGGUAAUCCUGGACAUUAUGAUAAUAUAUUUACUAACGUAGAAAUCAGUUUGCCAAUUGAAGAGAUUGAGGUCUUUAGUGUGAUUAAAAAGUAA